ACGGGCCGCUGAUUGGACAGAAGUAUGUUGCGAAUGGCGGAGUCGCUGAGGCGGGUGCUGAACCUGGGCAGCUCGGCAGAAUCCGAGGAGGAGAACACAGCUGAGGCUGGGCCGCCCUUGCUGCUGCUCGGCGGUCCAGGGUCUGGAAAGACGGCGCUGCUAUUUGCGGCGGCCCUGGAAGCGGCAGGAGAGGGCCGAGGCCCCGUCCUCUUCCUCACCCGGAGGCCUCUUCAAAGCCUGCCCCGCGGGAGAGGAGCAGCGCUCGACCCCCUGCGGCUACAGAAGAUUCGCUUCCAGUACCCACCGUCAACCCAUGAACUCCUUCAGCUUCUGUGCUCUGCCCAUGAGGCCCGGGGCCCAGCGCCCUCCCUCCUGCUGCUGGAUGGCCUGGAGGAGUACCUAGUGGAAGACUGGGGGCCCCAGGAAGCGGCCUACUUGGCUGCCCUGCUUCUAGACACAGCUGCCCACUUCAGCCACCAGAUUGGGCCUGGCCAGGGCUGUGGGCUCAUUGUGGCCCUCCAGAUCCAGGAAGAGGGAGACAGUGGGGAUGCCCUGCAGCUGUCGCUGCUCCAGCGGUAUUUCCCUGCCCAGUGCUGGCUGCAGGUGGAUACACCAGGCCCCGGACAGCGCUGCCUCCGAGCCUGCCUGGAUCCAGGUGGGCUGGGCCCUAGAGCAGAGUGGUGGGUGGCUUUCCGACCAGAUGGAGAGAUGACAAUCACCCCACGGCCUGCCCAGGCUGGUAACCCCAGCUCAGACAAAGGUUCAAGUUCUGAAGGCCAGCCUUGAGUUUUGGUGUGUGACAACCUUUCUGCCUCAGUUUCCCAUGGCCGGAAUACUUACUUCAGGAACAUGUGCAAAUUCAAAGACCUAAAGAAUAUAAAGUGCUUUUUCUUUUUUGAAAAAUAGCAUUAUCAUGUACCUUUUAUGCCCAAUCAACAUACUGUUUUGCUGUUUUGAACUUUAUAAAAUUUUCAUGAUAAAUGUAAUCUUCUGAGA